UAUGAAAUCUGUCAAAACACCGUGAAGAAAGCAGUUCACUGAUACUUUCCAAUCUGAGAGCAAGGAUGGCUUUGGCGAAUGUUCUAACUUUAAGCCAAAUUGCAGGACAUGUCAUCCUCUUUAUCCUUUCUCUAUGCAUGAUCAUACCGAUGACCAUGCACCUCCACGAGUUUAGUGGACAUUGUUUAUUGUUUGCCACCGGAAAAUGGAGAGAGGAUGACGGUCUGUUCGAUGCUAGGUGGGCCUCAGUUAGUUUUUGCGAGUUUCCGAUUGUGACGGGAGGUUUCCUAUUCCUUGUGUCUGCGGGGCAAAUUUACAGGUACUCUCGCUUGGCGUACAAAGAGGAAGAGAGCUCCUUCCUAGGACUAUUCCUAGACGUUAUGGUUGGCAUCAUUAUGUUGACGAUGUCGGUCAUCUCAGCUAUAAUGAUCACUUUGGGCUUUAUUGUGUGGUGUUCAGACAUGACCGAACGGUUCCCUUCGUGCGAAAUUGCUGCCGGCCAGAACAUUACACGGGAAGAGGAGAAAAUUGACACUUCGGGAUUCUACGUUGAAAUGGGAACAGCCCAAUUCGGAGCUUGGGGAGCUUUCGCAACGGCUGUUGGCGUGGCGGUUAUCGCACUCCUGAAACUAAUCAACAAUCACCAGAUUCAAAACAUGAAGGUAUCAAUGUACCUGGAAAGGCAGAGGUUGGUUAACGAAUAUGCACAAGGUGGCAGCGGCGAUGGCCAGACGACGCCUCCGACUGAACGAGCGCAAAGUGACUGAACAGGUUCUUGGGAUUUAGGAAGUCUUCUACGGAAGUAGAAGCCUUUACUUAUUGCAAUUCCAUAAUCUAUUAUAUUUGUUUAUACGUAUCUUUACAAUUUAUUUUACCUUGUAUUUUAAGCGGUUAAACUAUACAAGUAUUAGGAAAAAUCUCGUUAGGCUGAUGAACAUAUUAAUAUUAAUGUGAUUGUGAUUUAUAACAUAUGCAGAAUAUAUCUGACAUUUAAAUUGUCCAAAAA